CCACCGACUUUUGCGCGACGUCAUCUAGUCCCAAGGAACGACGCCAGUAAUAAUACUCCAUCUCCCGAAAUAUAGCUACCUCCAUAAUACGACACUUUUCAACCAACACACACAUCCAAGAUGGAUCGCAUGCGCAGCUUGUUGGGCGGCGGCCUGGGAAUGGGCGGUGCCACUGCGCCAGGAGCCGACAACACCAACCUCAUCGAUAACUCCGAAACCGUCUACAUUUCCUCCCUAGCCCUCCUCAAGAUGUUACGCCACGGUCGCGCCGGUGUGCCCAUGGAAGUCAUGGGCCUGAUGCUGGGCGAGUUCGUCGAUGACUUUACCGUUCGCGUCGUCGAUGUGUUUGCCAUGCCCCAAAGUGGUACUGGUGUCAGUGUAGAGGCUGUCGACCCCGUCUUCCAGAUGAACAUGAUGGACAUGCUCAGGCAAACGGGAAGACCCGAGGCCGUCGUUGGCUGGUACCACUCGCAUCCCGGUUUUGGCUGCUGGCUUUCGUCGGUUGAUAUCAACACUCAGCAAAGUUUCGAACAGCUCAACUCCCGUGCGGUCGCUGUGGUUAUUGACCCUAUCCAGUCCGUCAAGGGAAAGGUUGUGAUCGACGCUUUCCGCCUCAUCAACCCCCAGUCGCUCAUGCUGGGCCAGGAGCCCCGCCAGACGACAUCCAACUUGGGCCAUCUCAACAAGCCUUCCAUUCAAGCGCUCAUUCACGGCCUGAACAGGCACUACUACUCGAUCGGCAUCAACUACCGCAAGACGGCCUUGGAGGAGAACAUGUUGAUGAACCUGCACAAGCACGUUUGGACCGAGGCCCUCGAAAUGGAGGACUUCCGCUGCGAGGGCCAGAGGACGAAGGAGAGACUCGACCGCCUGGUCAGCCUUGCCGAUGGCUACGAGAAGAGAGUCAAGGAGGAGACAGAGUUGACCAAGGACCAACUCAAGACACGCUAUGUCGGCAAGCUGGAUCCCAAGAAGCAUUUGGAGGAUGUCGGCCAGCAACUUAUCGAAGACAACAUUGUCGCCGUUUCCAGGCAGAUGAUCGACAAGGAGGCGACCAUUGCGAAGAAGGAUACCCCCGCCGGGGCCAACGGCACCACACAAGGCGACCAGAUGGAGGUUGAGGAGGAGCAGCUAUAGGUACCUACCUAACCAAAAGGACAAGCAUGCAUGACGAUUUCUUUCGCAGGCGCAUACCUCCUACAUGUGAUUUUGUAUGACUAGGCGUUAGGCAUAAGGGU